GCUUCUUCUGACAAACUGAUAAACUUUAGCGUUCAAGGUAAGGAAGUAACCUCUCCUGAACCUCGACUCUUUCAAUCGCUUCCGGAAAUUGCCGUCCACAAUAUGAGCGCGGCUGUGUCCUGGGAGCGGUGUUGACUGCGGCUGUCUGGGAGGUUUUAUUAGGACAGCUCCUGCAGACUCGUCCAGCCUGUCGGCCGGGCUGGAUCAGAUGCUUUCAGGGGUGAAUCAAACCACCGAGAUCCAUGUUCUGACUUCACGCCUGAGAGCAGGGAGCUGCAGCACUGACUGGUCUGGAAGAGGCGCUGUUAUUGUCAAUGGCAUGCUCGUUUUUUGGAGUUCCCUUGAAGCAGCGACAUGUCGUUCUGCUCUGCAUUGCUGCCGCGACGAUCCUUGCUUAUCAGCUGAACAGGAGACACCGUCAAGUCAAAAUGAAUCGUGUGGAGGGUCUGAGGGCCGACACAUCUCAAUUCACUCUUGAGAGGAAACCCCUCCGCCUCCUGGGGGGCUCCAUCCAUUACUUCCGUGUCCCCAGAGCUUACUGGGAGGACCGGCUGCUGAAGCUGAAGGCCUGUGGCCUGAAUACUCUGACAACAUAUGUGCCGUGGAACUUGCAUGAGCCUGAAAGAGGGAUGUUCAACUUCGAGGAUCAGCUGGAUUUGGAAGCUUACCUUCAUCUUGCAGCCAGUUUGGGCCUCUGGGUGAUUCUGCGUCCAGGGCCGUACAUCUGCGCUGAGUGGGAUUUAGGGGGCCUCCCCAGCUGGCUGCUUCGGGAUGAGAAGAUGAGACUGAGGACGACAUACUCGGGAUUCACUGACGCAGUCAACUCCUUCUUUGAUCAGCUCAUCAAAAGAGUCGUACCACAUCAGUACUCCAAGGGUGGCCCAAUUAUAGCUGUACAAGUGGAGAACGAGUACGGCUCCUACGCUAAAGAUGAAGCCUACAUGCCUUUCAUCAAAGAGGCGUUGUUGUCGAGGGGCAUCACAGAGCUGCUGCUGACCUCCGACAACAAGGAAGGACUGAAGCUCGGAGGAGUGAAAGGAGCACUGGAAACCAUCAACUUCCAAAAACUGAUCCCAGAGGAUGUUGCAUAUCUAGACAAAAUCCAACCCCAGAAACCUAAGAUGGUGAUGGAAUUUUGGUCUGGCUGGUUUGACCUUUGGGGGGGCCUUCACCAUGUUUUCACUGCUGAAGACAUGCUGCCCGUGGUCACUAAAAUCCUCGACAUGGAAAUGUCCAUCAACCUUUACAUGUUCCACGGAGGGACCAACUUUGGCUUCAUGAGCGGUGCGCUGGCCGUCGGGUUACCAGCACCUGUACCCAUGAUCACAAGCUACGAUUACGAUGCUCCAUUAUCCGAGGCUGGGGAUUACACCUCCAAGUACCAUCUUCUGAGGAAUUUAUUCAGCCGUUACCACACUCAGCCCCUGCCUGAUCUGCCCUCUCUCCGGGAGAGGCGAGCGUACCAGCCUGUUGUCAUCCAGCAGCAGCUGUCUCUGUGGGACGCUCUGCAAUUCACUGACAAGCCCUUGAAGUCAAAGAUACCGGUGAACAUGGAGAAUCUGCCCGUCAACAACAACAACGGGCAGGCGUACGGCUACACGCUCUAUCAGACCGUCGUCUCAAGCGGAGGCAUCCUCAACUCAAAGAACAACGUCAGAGACAGAGCGCUGGUUUUCGUGGAGAAACAGUUCGUCGGUGUUCUGGACUACCACAUACGACAACUUGCCGUCCCGGAAGGAAAGGGAAAGCAAACGCUGAGUUUACUGGUGGAGAACUGUGGAAGAGUGAAUUAUGGGAAAAGCCUGGACGGUCAGCGCAAAGGUCUUGUUGGAGAUAUUGAGUUUAACAUGCGGCUCCUCCGAGACUUCAUUAUUCACAGUCUGGAUAUGAAGCCGGGCUUUGUAAACAGACUGGAGAAGUCGGGCCACUGGGCGUCGAUGCGGGAGCGGCCCUCCUUCCCCGCGUUUUUCCAGGGCAGAUUGUAUGUAAACAGCUUUCCAAAGGACACCUUCAUCAAGCUCCCUGGCUGGAGCAAAGGCGUCGUGUUCAUCAACGGCAGGAAUCUGGGACGCUAUUGGAACGUCGGCCCUCAGCAGACGCUCUACGUCCCCGGGCCCUGGCUUCACCGGGGAGACAACCAGGUCAUCGUGUUUGAAGAGCAGGAAACAGAUGGCAAGAUCCAGUUCGCCAGCAGCCCCGACUACGGCAUGUCUGUGGACGUCCAGUGAGAACGAGAGGCGGGGGAGUGCAGGAGAGCGAUCGGAGAGGAGUCCGGGACGACACGGGCUCUGACGCCGCCCUGCAGCACUCAGCAGGGACACAUGUCAGCGAGGAUAUUUAAACUCCCCUCUGCAGCUUUUCCACUACUGACCAUGUAUAUAACGUCUUGUUGAAUCCUUUGUGCUCUGACGAUGCUCAAAUAGAGACACACUGGAAACUUUUCCUCUAUGAUAUGAUGUCUUCCUUUAAAAGACUAAAUUCAUACGCUAUAUUUUUACUCUGUAUAAAAGGGCAAAUAAAGCCUGGGUAAGUAACCAAGGCCAAGGGAGCUUGUGAAAACUGGUUGCAUUUCAAAUGUACCUUCUGGUGAUAUGCUGUGAGCCUCUGCAGAGAAAAAUAAAAGAACAUCUCCAGGAUGAUGAAGGAC